UGACAAGUAUUGAAGAUUCAUUGAACAGUUCAGAAAAUUUUCGUGUUGCGGCGCGGUCCACAUUCCGGAGUUCGCUAAUCGCAGUGGUCGCGUUCGGCGUUCAACACGCGCUCAGUUUGAAUUUGGCGCGCGUCGACAAUAGCGGUCAAACCGCCCGCGCGCUCCAAUGCCAGCGAGCUGUAAAACGGACGAAUCCAAAGUUUUACCCGUGUUAUUUACUUUUUUGUUUGUUUUCGUGCUAAGGACUGACUAGUUUUAGUGAUAUAGUAAGAAACUGCAAAUGUAGGACUGAAUUAGUGAACUGUUUUAUUUUAUCUUCGACGCGCUUAUUAUCUCUGGAACGGCGACGCCUACACGAAUGAUUGUAUGAAACAAUAAUAUGUGCGUACUAUCAUAGUACUACUAUUUAUUACAAUAAACAUAAUGGACGGCGAAAGAAAAAUUAACUGUGAAGGUGUCCCACUAAACUCGGCAGGUGCGGCGAAUAUUUUUUUGAACACGGGUAAAAAUCCGAAAGUAAAAGAGGGGACUGUCAUUCAUCUGAAUACAGAAAAACCCUCAGACGUUGGCGUGCAUAUUAAUACGACACUGUCUAUAGCGUCUUCCAAGAAAAUUAAGCUUUUAUUUAUAUUUAACUUUUUACUUAGUAUAAUAUGUGUCAUAAUCAGCUGUUCCAUUGCAUUUUAUUAUUGGAAUGAGAUGAUAUCCAUGAAGAAGCAACUUGAUGUGCUCAAGGAUCAGUUUUUGAUACAAAAUGUAAGAGACGGUAUAUUAAAUCAGAAUAAGGCUGUACAAAGUCCAUUGGUAUCACAAUUACGGCCACACAUGCGAGGCUUCGAAGCCAGAGAACCUAGAAUGGAAGCACCUUCAUUAAAAGACCAAUUAUCACCAAAUGCCAGAAGAUAUUAUGUAGAAAACCUCGGGGAUGACAUGGUCCUUUUAGAUUCAAGUAAAAAAGAUGCUAGUCAUGAUAAAAGUCCUUAUGAUCUCUCAGUUUUCCAAAAAGAGACUCUAGUCGUUCAAUUUAAUGGUAAUGCACCAGAGAUAAACCUGGGGGUACAAGCAAUCAUAGGACCAUGGGUGCGCGAUACGGACAUUUCGUCAAAGGGCAGCGAGGAUAAAAUAGAACUUAAGGCGGACUAUUUCAAUAUUAAGGAGUCCGGACUGUAUUUAGUGUAUGCACAAGUGGUUUACUUAACGCACGCACCAAACGCAUACUUCAUAUGGGCAAGACAGCCGACAAGCACGCCGCGUCUCAUCUCAGCCUGUGCUACAGGUGACGAUUCCAGUUCCAGACCACUAAAUAAGUCUCAAAUAUCCUGCUCAGUGCAAACCGUUGCACGAUUGCUCAAAGGUGACACUGUGAACAUCGCCCAGAGAGAAAAGAAUAGAACGUUGUUACUCCAAUCGGGUUACACAUACAUUGGUUUCGUGAAACUCAGUUCGUAGUUUAUCGUGCGCGUGGGCGUUUGAUACGCUUAUAUUCCCUUUGUAAAUUACACUGUUUUAACUAGUCCCUACAGAAAUAAUGCGCAUGCGAUGAUUCUUGUUAUUUUAAACUGCGAAGUGAUUUUCUUAGGGAAAUAUUCAGAGGCGAUAGAUACCGCGAUCUGUGACUUCCGUAACUCACAAUAGGUUUUUAAUGCCAAGUCUCGACGCAUCUUUCCCUUAUUAAUAAUGUAAUUACUUUUAAACGUAUCAAAAAACACGCCACCAAUCGCCAUUCAGAUAUCUCUUUUUAUAACAGCGCCAGCUCAGUUUAGCAAGAGAAAUCAUGAACUAGAAACUAGAACUAGUUAAAAUAGUGUUAUUAAAUUGAGUUUUAAUGACAAAGGGAGUUGUGUAUUCCAUUUUCAUGUGUUUUGUAUCGCAUUGAAAAAGGAUAUUUAGUUUUGUUAUUGGUGCCAUAAGUCUUCCAUUGUUAAAUUGUCCGUUAUUUAGAAUAAUGCAAAAUUGUGAUUGUGUAUGCAAAACACUGCCAAUGUUUGGAUUUUUUAAGUUGAAUGGUGCUAAUGUACUGAAGUGUGCCAUAAUAUGUAAAUACAUCACACGUUGAAGUGAGUAAUCGCUUCAAUUCAUCACUUGUUUAAGAAACAAGGGCUUUUCAAAAUGGUAACACAGAAUUUGUUGUUUUGAAUUUAGAAUUCGUUUGAAAUAUGAAUUUUGGGUAAGCACAGACUAUAUAUCAAAAGAGUAAAUCUCAACGUGAUCUCGAAAUUAUUUAAGUUUGUGGGUUUGAUAAAAAUCGUUUGUAGUUUUCGCGUUAAUUUUUCCAAAUUUUUAUAUUACAAUAAUUUAGAUUGUUAUAUUUCUUUGUUGCUCAAUUCAGCAUUUGACCAUUUAACUUAGUUUGUUAUAUAAUUCAAGUGUACUUAAGUAAGUGCUAUAAUAUAGAAUUUAGGGUCAAGUCAUAAUUUUUAAGUGAAAAAUUUUUUAAAUGUAAAAAUGAAAAGCUUCGAGUUAAAUGAAAGAAUAUAAAAUGUUCAUUUUCAGCGUUUAUAGUGGUGUUGUCUGUGGUUUACGUAAUGACGUAAUGACGGCCGACUGACAUACUCAACGAGAUAUUGGGAGAGCGGUCAAAAGAGAGUAGUAACUAGUAUGUAGUAUGUACGCGAUGGUAUCGCAUCUCUGCCGUAUAAUUAAGACAACUGUACUAGCCCAUCUCAUGGCCUUUUGUUUAUUAAGGUUAUCAAAAGUAGGGAUCCGUAGCGUUCCUGGUAUGGAAAACAUUAUACUUUCCGGAAAAUAAGUUUACCUGUGCCCUAGAAGUUUUUCUACUAAAAGUACAUACACAAUGCAUGGGUACUUUCCCCUUAAACUAAACACGAUAGUUUUGCUAUCCGUAAUAAUUCAAUUAAUAUUAAUAAAUGUGAAUUGAUUUAAUUUAUAUUGAUUUUUUCCAAGGUGAAUUAUAACUAUAUGUUUAAUCGAUAUAUUAAGGACAAUAAAUAGGACUUAAUAAAACAUUUCUACUUAAUUCAUAAGUAUUUUAAUAUACACAUUGUGAUAUCUUUAGUUUUAUAUACUGUAGAUUAGAUUUUACAAUUACUGUUACCUUUGUUAAUCUAAAAUAUUCUAAAAUCAUUCACGUGCAAAUGGUAGUAAUAGCCAAAAUAUCUUCAGACUAUGUACAUACUGUAAAUUGAUUAUUACGCCCGUCCACCAAUAAAUGUGCCUUAAAACUA